AUGCUCAACUCCCCCUCACUUGCACAUCAGCGCUGUUACACCAAUGGCGCCCUCGCUGAGGUGUACUUCUCUGUCCCUAGCCAUGGCAAUUUCUCCCCGGCCCACAACGGACCGUGGGACUUAGAGAAGCAUACUAUCGACAUAUGGGGGACAGGCGAUGAGAAGUGGGAUCUCACUACUGAGCGCGAUGCAGCCGAGUUCUCGGUCGAGGUUAUCCAGCGUGAUGACGCCCCCAAUGGCGGCUUCCGGGAGCUACACUCCGGCGCAUACUCGCCUCGCGAGCUCGCGAGCAUCUACAAGAAUGUUAGAGGGAUUGAGAUUGCGUACAACUACCGGGUUGCACUGGACGAUCUAAGGGCAUUCGCCCACUGCCUUAAGGAUCAAAAGCCGUACAACGACUACUACAGUUUCAUCGGCUUGUUUUAUCAGCUUUUCCAGCUGGAUGGAACUUACUCACUGAAGAACGUUGAGAACUACAAGUUGAAUGUCAAUACUACGUCCAUGGAGGACUUCCUUCGUCAGAACCCAGACGUGUAG